AGAUGGCGCUGAGCAACAAAACCACAGCUCCAGACAAGGAAUAGGAGGGCCACUCCACUCUUUUCAAUAACUUUACCUUUUAUUGUUCGCUAAUUCGAUUUUAAUUUCCACUGUGAAGAUGGUGGUUUUCAUUUGACAUUGGUGGCCUUCCGUUUUGAGUCCGUAGUCGACGAGAAUCAUUACCGAAACUCGCUGAAAGUGUGUGUUGGAUCAUCAAAGAAGAAAUGUCUUUGGUCGAAGGCGUCGGCGAUGAAGUGACCCAUUUUUUCAUCGCCCUAAUAGUUGUCGGACUUGCUCUGAUUGCUUGGUGGUCAACUAAUAUUUCAGACACCCCUUUGGUCCGGACAGUCUUGGUUUUAGAGCGAAGGAGAGUGGAGACGGCAUCCCCACGAAACGACACACAAAGUCGAACACCGCCUAAUAUAACGAGCGCCACAGAAGCACCAAGUAGUCCAGAAGAAAGUCCAGAGCCAGAAGCUGCUGAUGGUGUUUCGAGUUCUCCAAUCACAAAUAAUGAGGAACCAAAAGAGGAUAAUGAGGUGACGCCAACCACCACAAGCACAGAAAGCACUCCGCAGCCUGAGCUCCGGUCGGAGGUCAGACGACGAUGCCUCGAUGCUGUGGAAAAUAAAAAUAGCCAAUCCAAUAACCACAUCAGCUCAGACGAUUCUGGUGAGGUGUGCAUAGAGGAUGAAAUCACUACUGGAAGUAUUAGAAUCAGACUCAAGUACCUCAACGAUGAACAGAAAUUGGUGCAAGGCAGACUUGCCGAGCCCCUCGGGGAUUUCAAAAGGAGACAUUUCGAUCUGGAGCUGAGCGCAAACAAACUGGUGCGUCUCAUCUUCAACGGGCAAGUGCUGGCGAGGGACGGUGCGUCGCUUGAAGAAAACGGCCUAUUCGACAACUGCGUGAUCCACUGCCUGGUGCACCAGCCUCGGAACCCGAGCAGCAACAAUAAUACGAGCUCAACCGAGAGCAACAAUUCGGUGCCCAGGGAGGAGCAGCAGCAGAAUUCGAACGAGGGCAACCGGCUGGACAGACUGGAUUUGGGCACGUUGCUGUUCGUGCUGCUGUCCAUCCUGCUGGGCCUGGCCUGGUACGGCAGGUGCAUCUACUCGCAAUACUUCACGAACACUGCCUCUGUGACGUUGAUCGGGCUGACUGGUCUGCUGGCCGUCUCCUUCGUCGGAUACAUGAUGCCAGACCAGGAUUUUGUGCGAUAGGAAGGCGCGCAAGUCUUGAUUGAUUUCCAAUUGUGAUUCCAGGUUAUUUAUUUGACUUGAUUAUUAUUUGUUAAAUUAUUUCGUUCUGAAAACUGUCCAGAAGAUUAGGAUUUUUUAGUUCUAAUACUAUAAUGAAGUGUGUUAAAGAUGUAUAAUAAUAAUAAAGUUCUAUUAAAGUUGAAUUGUUUUAAUUGAGA